UGGCAGAGCCAGUAGGAGCACAGUGUGUGUAUGUCCCUCACUGUCUAAGCUCUUCUCACACUGUUAACAAUACCUUCACCUUGUGCAGAGCUUCCUCUGCUCGGAUUGUCACCAGUUCAACACCAUGCUGCUUCGGACUGCGGUUCUGCUGCUCCUCGGCGUGUGCACGGGCAUGUGUGCCACUUUAGGCCAUUACCAGACUCAAGCAAAGGAAGAGGAGGAAGUCCCUGCUGUGCACUCAGCUGCUGUUACUGACAGUGUUUUAGCAGCUACCUCUGUAGAUGCAGCUGAAGAAGCUGGAGCUCCUGCAGAUACCCAAGUAGAUGAUGUGCCUGCAGUUGAGGAACCUACAGCUAAUUCCAUUUUUGGUGACAAUCUAUUGGCUAAAAUACUUGCAGUGGAUAAUCCAGCUGCUGACAAACCAGCAGUGGAUGUCCCAGUAGCAGAAGUUGCAACAGCCGAAGAGCCAGAGACAGACAGUGAUAGGCCUGCUGGAGACGCCUCUGUUGUGGAAGCUCUUACUGGUGAAGCUGUCACCCAGGAGCAACCUUCUUCUGAGGCGGAGGAGAAUGACAUUAGACCAGUCAAAACAAACCAGUCCCUGAACGAGCCCUUGGCUCAUAAAGACGACAACAGCUGGAGCAUCAACUCAAUUAGAAAUAGUUUCCAGAGUGUGCACGGAUACUUUGACUCCCUGGUGGAGCUGGUGGGGGGACACAAUGGUGUGUGUCAGUACCGCUGCAGAUAUGGUGAACCUCCUCAACCUCGUCCCGGCUACCAGCUCCCAGAGCCCAACGGCUGCAGCUCCUCUCUGGUGGGAUUCCAGGUGAAUGCCGCUCUUGACCUGGGGAUCCCUGCUAUGACUGAGUGCUGUAACCAGCUUGAUAUGUGCUAUGACACUUGUGGCACAACCAAGUACGACUGUGACUCAGAGUUUCGCUUGUGUCUGCAUGGCAUUUGCUCUGACCUUAAGAAGAGUCUGGGCUUUGUGUCGAAAGUACAAGCCUGUGAUUCGAUGGCGGACGCUCUCCACAGCACAGUGGGGACUCUUGGUUGCAGGCCUUACAUGAACAGCCAGAGGGCAGCGUGUGUCUGUGAGGGAGAGGAGAGGGAUGAACUGUGACACAGAAAGACUAUGGACAAACUCCUGCAUGCUUUCACAGACAAAUAACAGAGUCAUAGGUAUUUCCACAGAUUAUACUGUAUAUUUAUAGGCUUUUUGUCAAGGAAAUACUUCACAAGAGCCCUCUCAGGAUUCACAGCUUGGGAGUUUAAAAAAAAAGACAUAAAUGGGAAAUGCAGAUGAACAGUUUCUUAGGUUUUAUUCAUAGGCAGUACUAACACAUAUUAGGUAUCUGAAUAUGACUUUCAGGUUCCUAAUUAACUGCCCUAUGCAUGUUUUACUCUCCAUACUCAAUUUCAUUUUAGGCCAUUUUUAGGCCUCUAUGACUCCAUUACCAUAAAUUACUAUGAUAACUCCAGACAAAUUGCCUGAUGGGAAGGAUAUUGUUGGAUUAAUUUCCUCUAGAUAGAAAGACACAAUUUAAUUCCUCUGCUGCACAUGGUUUGUUGUGUUCUGCUAUUUAUCAAAAUAGUCUGCUCAAACCUUAAGUCAGUGUCAUGUAAAUGUAAUGCCUAUUACAGCUACUGUACUACGUUAAUGUUUGAUGUAAGUUAUUUGCCAGUUAUUUGUUAUGAAUGAAUAAAUGACUAAUUGCAGUUUAACUGAUUAAUUCUAGAUUAAUUGUCAGUGAAGAAGCGCAUUAAUCAUUUUCAGGCAGGGCACACUAAUAUCUCUUCUCUAACACACUGGGAUGUGUGACAUGAACCCCCAGCCAUCUGAGCAAACGAGUCAGUCUAUGGGUGUUCCACAUGUAUUUGUCAAGUCAGUGAUAGUGUGAAGGAUAAACCACUUCUAUAAAUCCACAAAAUCUUUAAGCUGUAAUCAAGCCUGAUAAAUGCCAGAAAGUUUGACAUAGAAAAACAUCCUUCAUGCUGUAGUUGUUACAAAUUAACUGUGCCCCCUCAGAAUGAUUUCUAAUAGAAAUGUCACUCACUUUACUGCCAGUAAAUUGUGCUGCCGGGCAAAGUGGCAAUGACACAAACAAACUUGGAUGUAUUAAGCAGAAUUUAAGUGAUUUACAGCACUGUGACUGACACAGGAACUUACAUAGGAAUAAAAAAGAGUGUAUAUACUACACAUCAUGUAUAUGUGCAUAAGAGAGACUUUUAAUAUCUAAAUAAACUGAAAUGGC